CGGGCCCUUUCGCUGCUUCCGGCGCCGCGUGGGCAGCGGCGGGGCCCGGCCCCGCUCCCGGCCCGCUUGGGGCCCGGUUCCAGGCCCCGGUUCCAGGCCCCGGUUGGGCCCGGUUGGCCCGGUUGGGUUCAGGCCCGGCCAUGUGGUUCCUGUACGCCCUGAGCUGGCUGUCCCUGCUGCUGCAGGUCGCCUUCGUCACCCUGGCCAUCGCCGCCGGCCUCUACUACCUGGCAGAGCUGAUCGAGGAGUACACGGUGGUGACCAGGAGGAUCAUCAAAUACAUGAUCUGGUUCUCCACGGCCGUGCUCGUCGGCCUCUACCUCUUCGAGCACUUCCCCGGCUUCAUGGUGGGCGUGGGGCUCUUCACCAUGGUUUACUUCGGCCUCCUGCAGACCUUCCCCUUCAUCGUGCUCACCUCCUCCAACUUCAUCCUGUCCUGCGGUGAGCGGGAGGCAAAAUGGGG